AUGGACUCGCAGAUCCGGGAACUCGGAAUGCAAAAUGAAUAUGAAGCCCAUGCACUCCGGUUGGAUGCCGGUACAGGAGCACUGGCAGGGCGCGGGGACCAUUCAGAUUUUGGUUUCAGUGGUUUCAUUGGGCAGACUCGCCGCACCCAGUCCCGGCUGACGACACUCACGGGGCCCUGCCGAAAGAGUGUCAAGCUACUGAACGACUGCUUCUCUCUGUCUGCUUUGGUCCUCGUCCAGGCCACCUCACUGAUCGCAGCUCUGACGUUACCUCGAGCAAUACUGAUAACCAAACUGCCUAUAUGGGAUCUUUAUUUCGUCCUUAGCUCCGGAUGUGGAGUAUUAAUAUUAUCGUUUUUUCUCUGCUACUUUGGUCAGGUGAUAGAAGAUGAGUCUAACAAUCUCCGGCGAGCUCUCUACGACUACAAUUGGUACAACCAGACACAACGUUUUAAGGCCCAUGUGAUGAUCAUGAUAACUAUGGCCACUCGACCUCUGCAACUGACAGCCGGUGGAAUCUAUCCACUCAACUUUGAGACCUUUACUUAUGUCAUGAGCGCCUUUUAUUCGUACGUCCACUUCUUGUUGGCUUUGAAAGAAAAGGGUAAGAUUGGUUAG